AUGGCAUUCAGAAUCUUCACUCCUUCCUCGAGCAUCCUUCGUCUCGGACUGGGCGUCGGCAUUGGCCUCUCCGCCGCUACCAUGCACCCCUUGUCGCCCUUCCGCGCUGCACCUAUGCUAUGCGAUUACGCCUCUCCUCUUCCACAGCAGUCGACCUUCCAGAAAGAGCCCGAGUUGGCAAUCGGCGGGAAGCCAACGAAACAAUCGCGAACUGGAAUUCUAAAUGCAGAGAACAUGCGGCAAGUCAGUCUGGGCAGUGUUUUGGGACUCGUAGCAGGUGUUGGGCUGAGGGCUUUCUCGAAGGCUUUGGUGGUUAUACUAGGUAUGGGAGUUGUCCUUGUCGAGUACGCUGCAUCCAAGGGAUACAACAUCCUUCCGUUGCAUCGGAUGCAAAAGUAUGUCAAGAACGUCGACCUGCACCGUGCCAUGAGUGAGCACCGACCAUUCAAAAUCAGUUUCGGUGCAAUGAUGGCUAUGGCAGCGUUUGCGAACUUCUAA